UAUAUCAUUGCUAUCAAAAGCAAAAUGGCUGCGCCCAGCGACGACAUGAUGGACAAAGAAAAUGUUCCCGAAUUUGUUGAAAUAGAAGCGACGGUAGCAACUGGAUUUGAACAGACUGCUAGAGAUGAAGCUGAAGAAAAGCUUGGUGCAGAGCUAAGGACAGGACGAGGAAAAAUCAUAAUGAGACUACCUCUAAACGAUGCUUUCAAAGUACUGAAUCUGGGAUGCAUCGACAAUAUCCGUGUGGUGAUGACGACAAAGAAGAAUUUUGAGUUUUCAAGGAACGAGUUGGAGUGUAUGCGGAGACUAAGAGAGAUUGUUAGAGAUGUUGAAUGGGACAGUGGAUUAAGAGUGUGGGGAAAAGUCUACACAUUUGCCCAUCCUAUAGCAGCAGUUCCUGAUGAGAUCCCAGAAAGUCUCGGGGAGCCGUUCAUCGUCUCCCGUGAACGGCAGCCCAAGAAGCAGAAGGAUAAGAAGGUAAACAAGGACAAAUUUCAAAAUCGCCAGAAAGAAAAGGAGCAGAACCGAAAACAGAAGGAAACGAAAAAGCCAAAAGCUAAAGUAGAAGAUGGAAAAGGUGAAGCUCUAGAGGCCGGUGAUGCUGUUGCGGGACAGUUUGAUGAUGUGGAGAAUGACCAGGGUAAAGCAGGGUCAGCAGCAGGUGGUGAGUGCGGUGAUGGUGCUGGAGAUAAAACUGAAGAUAUCACAGCUGCAGAGACACCCGGUGAGGUGUCAUCAGUGGAAGAUGUCAAACUGCAGGAAGUAUCUGAAGGUAAAGAAGAGCAGUCAGUGGCAAUGGAGGAAGAAGAUGCCACAGUACCAGAGGAAAAGAAUCCUGAGGAGAAGGAUACUGUGCUACCAGGAGAAGAGAAUACUAAGCUGCCAGAGGAAAAGAAUGCCACGGUAGUAGAUCAAGACUCUAAGACUGGUGAACCUUCUACUGAAGAUGACAACAUCAACUGUGUUCCCACCAAGUCAGCUCAAGACGAAGACAAAGAAUCUCAACCUGAGUCGUCUGCUACAGGAAUGGACGACAGCCAGGAAGCUCCUGAGCAAAAGAAGAAGAAAGUUGAUCCAACGAAACCUACAUUCCGUGUGACCUGUAACCGGACCGGUGAGGGUCACAGCUUUGAUUCCAUGUGUGCCGCUGCCAAUUUUGGCGAUGCUGUUCAGACGUAUUUUGGUUGGAACGUCGACAUGAAGAAUUUCGACAUCGAGGUGAUACUGAAUAUUGAGGACCGCGACGUUUCCGUGGGGAUUGGAUUGACCAAACAGAGUCUGCAUCGACGUAACCUCUCCAGCUUCGGACCAACCACGCUCAGACCAACUAUUGCUUAUAAUAUGCUCAGGUUGUGCAAGAUCCACCCAGGGGACGUUGUUUGUGAUCCUAUGUGUGGCAGUGGAAGCAUUCCCAUCCAGAGUGCCAUAAGCUGGCCGUGGGGUUAUCACUUGAGUGGAGACAAUUUCCCGAAAGCCUGUGAGCGAACGCUGGAGAACAUCGGUAGCCUGAACACGCUGUACAAAGAGCAGAACAAGAGGCCGAUUUCCCUGGAUGUUAUGCAGUGGGAUGUUUGUAACAUGCCUCUACGGGACAGCAGCGUGGACAUCUUCAUCACAGACCUCCCCUUUGGCAAAAGGAUGGGGUCAAAGUUCAACAACAUGAACUUGUAUCCUGCUGCUUUAACUGAGAUGGCGCGAGUUUGUCGCCCAGGGUGGGGCAGAGCCUGUUUCCUCACAGUAGACAAGAAGUGUAUGAUAAAGACGAUGCAGUCUAUGGUCAUUCGCCGAUACUGGCAGCGACGCAUGAUUCUUGGCAUCAACCUGGGAGGUCUAGCUGCCGGCGUCUUCCUCCUCACCAGGACAGAUUUUCCUUUCAUUUCCGAAACGCCAUGGCCCAGCGUGUCUGACGCAUCAAAAAAAACUUCAGACAAACCAGUCGAGCAAUCGACACCCAACAGUAAACAGAUGUCGGCCGAGAGAAUGGCGGCUAUACGGAUGGCCCAGAAUCUCACCAACAGGCCGUGGAAGAAGCCAUCGGAAAGUGCCAGUUCGGAAAAUAAGAAAACCUACGUGAUGCAGCGACCACAGGCUGAUUACAGACUGGAGGAAAAUAACAUGAGGACCAAACCGACAUCGAAUAACCAGCCAGCGUCUGCAGGUGAUGAUGACAUUACAGAGUUGAAAUCAAGCAGUGAAGCAGUUUGUGAUGCCGAUAAAGAGUUGAUGGAAUCAAACAGCAAGCCAGCAACUGAAGCUGAAGUCGAAAAGCCGUGAUACAAUCAUGAUUCCAUCCAUUUCUCAGAUUUCAAAAUCCACAAAAGUUUUCUGGUAUGGUGUGGCAGUUUUCUGAAUGAUGCAGCAAUUUUCUGGUAUGAUGGACCAGUUUUCUGGUUUGACGCAACAGUUUUCUGAAUGACACAUCAGUUUUCUUGUAUGAUGCACCAGUUUUCUGAAUGACGCAGAAAUUUUCUCACUUUUCUAGAUUAAUGCAGCAGUUUUCUUGUACAACACAAGUUUUAUGUCAUAACAGCAGUUUUCUGGUUUGACUCAAACAGUCUUCUGAUAUGACUCAACUGUUUUUAAACUAUCGCAGCCAAAUAUACCUCUUGUCUAGUCACCUGGUGAUACGAAUGAUCUGAUGGUUACUGUUUCUGAAUACAGUUCUGAGUUGACUCAUACACACAUCACAUUUCUUAAAUACUGUUGUCUUGUCUACAGUUGUGUUUGGUUUUUCAGGAUAGGCAAGAAAUCAUUUAUGUUUGGUAAAAGAUUAAUAUGUUUGGUCAAGUAGAUUCUGAUGGGAGAUUUACCAUCCCUAUCAUAUUUUAGCAUCUAGCUUUCAGCAUUUUGCUCGAUAAUACUGGGUAUGGUUAAUGUUGUUUCAUAUUUUAAAAUUGUUUUUUAGCCAAGCACAUCUCAGGGUUCGAAUUUUACCACGGCACCACCAACAAGUGCCGUUGUUCCCCAACAAUUGGAUGUCAGGGACAAUAAACAUGCUGUGUGGUGUCAUUAAACAAAACUUUAACUUUAAAAAAUCCUGUGGUAUGUGCCCUUCCCUUAAAUCUUAUGUUGUAUAUAAUAAUACUUAAGUUUGGAAACAAAAACAAAAGAACAUUUGCAAAAGAAUUCAUGGUUAACGGUUUGGUAAAAUAGUUUGUUUUUUAAUCUCCAUUUUUAAUAAGAAAAACACUUGCAACCAAUUUUAUGUUGGUGUCCCUCCAACUUGCCUUGGUACUCUAAUUUUGGUUUUUAAACCAAAGGCAUCAUUUGUGGUACCCACCUAAAAUUAAAAUUCGACCCCUGACUUCUGCUGGUUUUCACCGAAAAAAUAAAUAUUGGUGCAUAAGAUUGUUGGAUUACUAUUGUUCACACUGAUGGAGUUAACACUCGGAUGUGCUUUGUGCAAUUCCUGCCAGUUUAUAUUGUUCCAUGGUAUUUUUUGCAAAUAGUUAUUUUCAGCUGUUUUCAGCAUGUUUAAAUUACUAUGUAUCAACAUUGAAUUUCAUUAAUCAUACAUUGUAGAGAUAGUUUAUGAAUGACAGAUUAGAAUUUUUUCUUUUAUAGUUUAACAUUUCAUUGUUUUGUUUAUUUGAAAGGAAAGUAAAGGAAUAGUUAUAGUUAUAAGAAACACAAUCGUACUUUGGAGACUGGAAAAGUUGGAAUACAGAUAAGACAUCGUCAAAUUACAUAGUAAAAAAAACCCCGAUAAUAUAUAAUUUUUUUCCAUAGCAAUAAAAAUGGCUAUAGUCCUUCCCAUCAGGGAACACCAUUUUCUUACUAUAGUAUGUACCAUAUAAGUUAUUUAUUUCUAAGCCAAUUGUUUUCUAAAUUACAUACAAACAAAACACUUUUACUUUUCUUCUUAUGUCAAAUCAAAGUGAAAUCAAUGUUAAUGUAAGCAGGGAAGGACUGUAGGUUAUAUAUUUUGUUACACUUAAGUUUCAUUUGCUAUUACCUCUUUUGCAGAAAUUUUGAAAAGAUUUAUUUAAAUUUAUUUUAUGGCUAAUGUUUGCUAGGAAUACAAAAUUAUCAGCAAACAAAACUAAAUUUGGUCAGUUUACUCUUUUGUUUUAUUAUAAUUUUUGGUUGUCAAAUAGUACAAGUUGUAUAUUUCAGACUACAGGCUGUAUAUUUAACAGUAGAUACAGGCUGUAUAUUUAACAGUAGGUACAGGCUGUAUAUUUCACAGUAGAUACAGGCUGUAUAUUUAACAGUAGGUACAGGCUGUAUAUUUCACAAAUUAUUAUAAAACUCAUCAGCAUUGCAAUAUUUAUGUCAAGCAUAUUUUAAUUUAUGAAAUUCUUUUUCUGUAAAAUAUUAAUGCCUUAUGGUCACACAAUCGAACAUUCAAGUAGUUUUUUAGUUUGUAGCAUAAACCCUUUGUUGGUGUUUUCCCUAUAUAUUUGACAAGGCAAGGUAGACAACACGUUUGGGGCGUUUCCACCAUUUUCAAGGCAUUUUCAUUAAUGAUAAAUAAAUAAAAAUAUUGAAAUAAAAAUAAAUGUAAUUUAUAUGCUUGCUUUAAUAAUUGAAUGGCAAAAUAUAUAACAGGCAUACUUUAUUAAUUAAUAAUACAUUUCUGAGUGUUUUAAAAAAGGCUAUUUUAAAAUUAAUUAUUGAUAAAGGCUUGUUUAAUCUGAGGGUAACAUGGUGCUGAUAACACUAUACAGUAUAGUAAACUAUUGAGGCAUGGUGCUGCACCAUGCUAAAACAAGCUGGGAAAAACACUGCUUUGUUCAUAUAUAUAUAUAUAAUGAAGAUGUAUACAUAAAAUAAUAGAAAUAUUCAAUCUACAUGAACCCGAGUUAAUAGUAGCUUUAUUUAUUUGUCAGAAUUGGAAGGCAUCAUAUCAGUGUUAAUAACUUUAUUCUGUUGCUACAGUGCAUUGUUGGCUCAUCCAACGUACCAAGAUGGAGCACCGAUCCCACCAGAAUCUCUUACGGCUCCUCUCCCUCUUUAUGGUGAACUGCACCCUACCUACACAGUAUCCAUAAGUAGGUAGAGACAUUUUGCAUCUACUGGUUCUGCCACUGCACCCUACCUACACAGUAUCCAUAAGUAGGUAGAGACAUUCACUAACACAUCACUACUUUUCUCAAACAACUUUUUGUUUUCAAAGAUAAACAAAACUGCAGCAGUAUUCAUAUUGUUGUUCUCUUAUACGUGAGACACAAUAUUCCAGUCGGCAAUUAAUUGUAGGAUAUUAAACAAGCUUCCAUUUAAUAUCAUGUUUAUGUCUCGAGUGAAUAAUUUAGUGAGUGACAAUGAAAAUUAUUUCUAGAGGAACCUUAACAUGAUAAGAAUUGGUAAUAUCCUAUUUAUUACCCAUUAAUCAAUUUCGAUUUAUAUCAUUAAAUGCUUUUGCUUAAUGUCUGAAAGUUUGUAGUGCACCAGGUGUAUGACAUUGAGGUGUCUGAAAGGUUGUAGUGCACCAGGUGUAUGACAUUGAGGUGUCUGAAAGGUUGUAGUGCACCAGGUGUAUGACAAUGAGGGGUCCGAAAGGUUGUAGUGCACCAGGUGUAUGACAUUGAGAUGUCCGAAAGGUUCUAGUGCACCAGGUGUAUGACAUUGAGGUGUCCGAAAGGUUGUAGUGCACCAGGUGUAUGACAUUGAGGUGUCCGAAAGGUUGUAGUGCACCAGGUGUAUGGCAUUGAGGUGUCCGAAAGGUUGUAGUGCACCAGGUGUAUGACAUUGAGGUGUCCGAAAGGUUGUAGUGCACCAGGUGUAUGACAUUGAGGUGUCCGAAAGGUUGUAGUCCAACAGGUGUAUGACAUUGAGGUGUCCGAAAGGUUGUAGUCCAACAGGUGUAUGACAUUGAGGUGUCCGAAAGGUUGUAGUGCACCAGGUGUAUGACAUUGAGGUGUCAGAAAGGUUGUAGUGCACCAGGUGUAUGACAAUGAGGGGUCCGAAAGGUUGUAGUGCACCAGGUGUAUGACAUUGAGAUGUCCGAAAGGUUCUAGUGCACCAGGUGUAUGACAUUGAGGUGUCCGAAAGGUUGUAGUGCACCAGGUGUAUGACAUUGAGGUGUCCGAAAGGUUGUAGUCCAACAGGUGUAUGACAUUGAGGUGUCCGAAAGGUUGUAGUGCACCAGGUGUAUGGCACUGAGGUGUCCGAAAGGUUGUAGUCCACCAGGUGUAUGACAAUGAGGUGUCCGAAAGGUUGUAGUGCACCAGGUGUAUGACAUUGAGGUGUCUGAAAGGUUGUAGUGCACCAGGUGUAUGACAUUGAGGCGUCCGAAAGGUUGUAGUGCACCAGGUGUAUGACAUUGAGGUGUUAUGUCCCACUUGGAUGUUCUAGUGGGACGUAACAUUUUGAUAUGUACCAAGAUAUUUUUGGACCAUAUGGGUAAUAAAUGGCACUUCUUCCUCUUUCAUAAAAUCCUGGGUAUUUUAUUAGGCUUUCCUAUUUUUGUGACUGUCUCAUGCACGGGUGCAGGAAAUUAUGCAGAGGCGUGUACUGUGGCCAGUGAAAGUGGUGGGGGUGGGGGGGGGGUGAGGGUCGAGACAUUCUACCUCGGAACGUAUAUUGAAAAAAAAACCAUUUGCUUGGAUGGGGGUUAGUUUCGAUCUCGCCAAACAAACUCUCUCUCCUUCCAGCACAUGUCUGGGUCUGUAUUUUUUAUUUAAUAAACUUGGGUUUGUCAAGAACGAAAGUCUGUAACUGGCAAUAAGAGUCCAGUUGAUUUAAUGAAUGUCACUGAAGUAUUUAUUUACCUGUAUAUGUUCUUUUUUUUAGUGUUGAUAUUAUCUGUAAUUCCAAAUAAUAAUUUCUCUCUAGUUUGUUGUCAGUAAUUUUUACUGGUAUGUGUGGUAAUUUUCAUUUAUAUAAAUACAGUGCACAAAGGGGUCCUUCAACCAUUACAUACCGGUAAUCUAAAAUUUGGCAUUUUUUGUACCCCCUCCCUUGCCUCAUGUUAUGUUAUUUAAUGCUGAGGCCAUUUCCCCCUCUAAAAUUAAGUAAUGCUCAUCAUUUUAUGUACACAUCUCACUUUCUGUGUCACAAUGGCAUAAUAUUCCCCCCCCCCCCCCCCAUCUAUUUGUAAAUGCUGUUUUUUUUGUACUAAAUACGAGAUAGAAAAUCAUCUAUGAACAAAAUAGUUAUGACUGUUUGCAUUUUUCUUUAUAAAUAAGAAUGAGAUGAUGGUUUUAAAAAACUUAAAUAAAUCUCGACAAAGAUCCCCCCAUCACUCUCCCACCUCCAGUAGUAAUUAUUUCAGUACUUGUACUCUUAGCGCAUUCUGUAAUUGUUGACUGUCCCCAAACCAACAGUAAAGUCAUUUAGGAGUGUGGCAAGUUAGAUUGUGUCCAACCUGCUUUACUGAUUGUAUGUGACAGAUGUGACCAGAGAAAAGUCUAAAUUAGUUAUACAAACCAGCAUCCAACCAGUGCCCUACAACUGAUGUAUCAAAGACCUGUAUUGUCCUGUCUGUGGGGAAAUGCGAAAUGCAUGUAAAAGAUUCCUUGCUACUGAUGGAAAAAUGUAACAGGCUUCAUCUGAAUUCUGCGUGUCAGAAUUAUUUUAUGUUUAAACUAAAGAAACUUUUUGGGUAGAAUCAAAAGGUUUUAAAAACUUUUAAAAUAAUUCUGGCUGGAAUUAAGAUUCCACUACAUUUCAUUAAACAAUUAAACUAACUACUAAUGUGCUGGUGUAUUUAGCUUGGGUAUUUAUCAGUUUUAAGAAACGAGUUGUAGGUAGUCUGUUGUGUACUGUAACUUAUCAUAUAGUUAGUGUUGUGUUGAUGAUGUAUUUUGAACUAUUAUAAGCAGUUUGUGCCUUGAGAUAUUUGCCAACUGUGUACUGUUGUUAUUGUGAUAAAGUUAUUAAAAGAAAUUUUGAAAAAAGUGUUA